UCUGGAGGGCGCUGCUAUGGCGCCUUCGAGAAAUCGAGCAAAUCGAGCUUACGCGUGUUGGGCGCCCAGCGAUCGCCUGACAGUGUGGAAAGAUGGAUAAGGAGUGUUGCAGGCAAUGUGAGCAGCAGAGCUCGGCGGCAGGGGCAUACUGGGCUCGUCUUUUCGUGGAUAAUGCCGAGAGAAGGCCUUUAGUGCAAGCACUCGUAGAUCAUUCCAAGCAAAGCAGUGCCGAGAAAAAGGAAGAACAGGAGAAAGAGAAGGAAAGAUCCCGAGAGAAGUGAAGAACUGGUUUCUCUCGGUCUUUCUUCUUCUUCUACUAUAGCAUUAGCUUCUCAGCUUUCCAAGGAUGGGUUGCGGUCCCUCGAAAGAGAAGGAGGAGGAGGCUCCAAAUGCUUCUCGUGGACGCAGUAGAAGAGAUCAACCUUCGUCAACUUCUCCAAGAGGUUCUCCAAGAGCAACACGGGGACGUUCUCAGUCUCCGGCUGGGGCUCGCGAUCGGGGCCGUUCUCGCUCUCGCUCACCAACCGAAAGUAAAUCGCGGUCUCGGUCUCGGUCUCGGGGAAGAAGCUUUGAGCCGUGGCACUAUUCGCCGCAGUGCUGCGGCUUUCCUCCUCUCAAGCCGGUUCCACCGCGGAAGUACAAGAUGAAGCGCAGAGUUUCUCAGCAUGGGAUACCUCUCGGGAGUAGAGCACCAACGCGCCUCACGGUUUUUGUCUUAGGUGGCCCGGGAUGCGGGAAGGGGACACAGUGUGAGGAGCUUGUUAAAAACUACGGAUUUGUUCAUCUCUCCGCUGGCGAGCUUUUGAGGGAUGAAAUAAAAAACAAGACACAGAUUGGAAUCAGCUGCGAAGAACUUAUGGCAGAAGGGAAGCUUGUGCCAUCCGAGAUUCCACUUAAUCUCUUAAAGGCGGCCAUGGAGAAAUCCGAACACAAGCAUUUUCUUAUCGAUGGAUUUCCACGAUCAGUGGAUCAGGCGCAGCUCUUCGAGAAAAAGAUUGGAAAGCCAAAUCUGGUGAUAUAUCUUGAAUGUCCAUUCAAAGUCAUGCAAGAGCGGCUCUUGAAGCGUGGUGAAACAAGCGGACGCAGCGACGACAACAUGGAGACCAUCAAGAAAAGGUUUGAAACUUACCGCAAGGAAUCGUUUCCGGUUGUCAGGUUCUAUGAGAAGGUUCCAAAUCUUUUGAAGACGGUCUCUUCCGCCAUGUCGCCGACCGAAGUCUUUGAGUACAUUGCGCAACUUCUCAAGGAUCAAUAUGGUCUUUUUGCAAAGUUCGCGCCUGUUCUUACAGGAUUCGACCACAGACAACACAACUGUAAGAGACGCACCAUUAUUUUCGUUCUAGGUGGCCCUGGCUGUGGCAAAGGAACUCAGUGCGAGCGAAUGGUCAGAGACUUUGGCUACUCGCACUUGUCGACAGGAGAUUUGUUACGGGCAGAGGUGGCGUCGGGCUCCGAGCUUGGCAAGCAAUGCGACACUUUGAUGAAGGAAGGAAAGCUAGUGCCUCUGGACGUGACCAUCAAUCUGCUCAAGCAAGCAAUGGGGAAAGCCAAGUGCAAGAGGUUUCUCAUUGAUGGUUUUCCCCGUGCUGUGGAUCAGGCCCAUGAGUUUGAAGCCAAGGUUGGCAAGCCAGACGUGGUUUUGUGCUUGGACUGCUCACUCGAGCUUAUGGAGAAGCGGCUUUUGCAACGUGGAAAAGCCUCUGGCCGGGCAGACGACAACAUUGAGACGAUCAAGAAGCGCUUUGAGACGUUCCUGGCCGAAUCGAAGCCCGUGAUUGACUACUACAGGAAAUCGUUGCCAAAGGCUGUGAAAACGAUCCCAACCGAUAAAAUGCCAGACGAAGUCUAUGCUGACGUGAAAACCGCUCUUAAGGCUACUGUUGAAAAGCCAGUCCCUCCCAAGGUCCCAGCCAAGGCAGACUUUCGAUAGAUAGAUUUGUAAAUCUCCCAGUUUUGAUGGUUUUCUACUCAUCCACAAGCUAAUGCCAUGCUUUAGUUUACUUCAA